UAACCUGGAAGUUGGUAACGGAAUAACUGUGUGUCUAGACGUUCCUGACUCGGUGACUUCAGUUAAAGGUCGUUGAUCCCGGUGAUAUUUCCAGAGAGGGUAGUAACUGGAGCGAACAAAUAUUUUCGUACUGCUACGGGCCAUCGCGGAGAGGGGAUGGCAAAUAACGGGAAUCUAUUGUCUCAUUUCUCUGCAAUUCUUGGUGUUCCGGAACACUGGAACAGGUGUCACUCUCUUUCCGGCCUUUGGUUGCGUUAGAGGGUAUUGACUUUCGUUCCGCGUUCUUGUUUUUCUUUGUGUUGUUGCUUACUACCAAUAGUUGCCAACAUGAAGAGGUCGAGGACAAGCGAAAUGUGGUCAUAUUUCGAAAUUCUUGAUCGAGAGUUUGCGAAAUGUACUUUGUGCGGUAAGAAAUUAUCGUACAAAUCAACGACGACGAAUUUAAAGAAACAUCUCCAGAAAUCACAUUUAAUUGUGGAUUUCUCAUCACAAAGACCUUCGGAGCUAGAUUUGGGUGAAUCCCUUCCUGUAGAGGUGAUCCUUGGCACCAGUAGUGUGGAAGAGGAGCGAGCUGCUCCAGCCCCCUCAAUGCAGCAAGGUGUUCAAAGUUCUAUGACAUCGUACCUCUCCAAAAGGAUCGGAGUGAAUCAGAAAAAGAAGAUAGAUGAGCAACUUCUUCAGCUGUUCACUAAAGACUUCCAACCAUUUUCAGUCGUUGAAGAUUCGGGGUUUCGGGGUUUUGUGCGGGCCCUUAAUCCUGGUUAUGAGUUACCAAGCAGGAAGCAUAUUUCAGAUGUAAUGCUGCAAGCAGCAUACACAGCAGCAAAGGAGAAAGUGGUAGACAAACUGUCAGCUGCGAAGACAGUUUGUUUGACCACAGAUUGCUGGACAUCGGCAGCAAAUGAAGGUUACAUGGCGGUGACAGGGCAUUUUGUGUCUGAAGAUUUCACCUUGCAAUCGGUGUUGUUAGGAUGUUCCCAAUUGUCUGGUGCACAUACUGCUCCGAAUCUGUCGGCAUCUCUAAUAGGCACGACAGAUAACUUCAGGCUGACAGACAAAGUUUUGCUGGUUGUGACGGAUAAUGCACCAAAUAUUAAAAAUGCAGUAUCCAUUUUACGGUGGAAACACUUUGGGUGCUAUGCACAUACACUAAAUCUUAUUGUUCAGAAUGCACUAAAACAUUUUGUGUCAAUUCAGCAGAAAGUGAAAACUAUUGUAGCAUUCUUCAAGAGAAGCUGCAAGGCAACAGAAAGACUGCUGACAUACCAACAAAAUAAUGGGGCAGGUCAUGUUAAAAAACUGGUGCAGGAGGUGCCAACAAGGUGGAACUCUACUCUGUAUAUGUUGGAGCGAAUAGUUGAAAUUAAAGAUGCAGUGAAGACUUCACUUGUACUAUUCACAGUUGAUUUUGAACAACUUACCGACGAGGAAUGGAACAUCUGCUCAGAACUCUGCUCUGUGUUGAAGCCAUUUGCACAGGUUUCAACACAGCUUAGUGCUGAGUCAUAUCCUACUGGCAGCCAAGUUAUUGUUCUGACAAGGGGAUUAUUAUCAGUGUGUGCAGAACUUUUGAAACGGCCAUUUAACAGUGUGACAAGGACUAUCAUUGAAGAAUUAACAAAAGGCCUGAAGGACCGUUUCCACAAUGUAGAGAUGAGCAAAUCUAUAGGAGUAGCCACUCUACUAGAUCCACGGUUUAAAUCUCUUGUGUUUGAAAGCCGAGUUGCAGCAGAUAAUGCAAAGAAAGAGCUUAUUGAACUAGUAGCACAAAAGAUGGGUGACAGAAGACUGACAAACACAAGCCAGAGCCAUGAAACUGUGUCAACUUCAACCACCACUGAUCCUUUGUCAGUAUGGGGUGUCUAUGAUGCAAUUGUAAAAUCAACACAGCCCCAGGGCACUCCUCAGUCAGCUGCUAUUGUGGAAGUACAAAGGUACAUGGACAGCCCAGUUAUUAGUAGAAGUGAGGAUCCACUGGCCUGGUGGCGUGAAAAUCAAUAUAUUUUCCCAAAUAUUGCUAAAGUGGUGAGGGAAAAAUUCAAUAUAGUGGCCACUUCUGUGCCGUGCGAAAGAAUAUUUUCUAAAACUGGUAUCAUUAUAAAUGAAAGGCGAACACGGCUGAAGGCGUCCAAAGUUGAAAAACUUAUAUUUCUAAAUAUGAACAGUACUAACUCCUGAAUUUCCUGUUACAGGUUAUAGCUCCAGAAGUCAGUCACCAGCAGCAAAUGUCACACAGUUAUAAAAUGGGAAACUUGAAGAAUAAGCUCCAGAAGUCAGUCACCAGCAGCAGAUGUCACACAGUUAUAAAAUGGGAAACUUGAAGAAUAAGCUCCAGAAGUCAGCAGCAGCAGACAUCACACAGCCAUAAUGCGAGAAGCUUGAAGAAUAAUGUGGUAGUGGUUUGAAUACAUAUGACAUAUUUCACCUUCAGUUUAAAAUUGAAGUUUGUUUAUAUUGGCAGGUGGUAACUCGGAGCUCUUUGUUCCAGUUAUGGCUCCGAUAGUCUUCCAGCAGCAGUAAAUGUUACACAGUCCUAUAGAGGCAAACUUGAAGUAUGAGGUAAUAGUGUUUUGCACAGAAUGGCAAACUUGACCUUUCACUUAAAAUGGAGUAUCGGCUUUGAAAUUUGGUCACUGGAUACAACUAUAUUAUCUUUCAUGUUGAUAGCAGCAAUCAUCAGAUUGCAAUCCAGUUUAGUACCUGUGAGGCGUGAGAUGUCAAAAAUACUUGUGGGUUAUUGGUAGCCUGUGUCGAGGCAUGUGGCACCUCAAAGUUUGUAAGUACAGUAGCAUUUUGUUUUCUGCUUUACUUAAAAAUUGUUAGCUGCAGCACCCAUUCUGACAUUUAAUUAUUCUGAAUUUCAAGUUUCUUAAAAUAAUACUGACAUCAGUUUCAUGUGUGUUAACACUAAUCCAUAUAUUAUUGUUAAUAUAUGCUAUUUUCCUCAGAUGUUAACUGAAAUUGUUUUAUUAUAAUGAUAACAACACUUCAUCCUUUGUAGACUUGCAGUAUAGGUUACCUGCUGAGAAAUAUUUACUGGAAGAAAUGGUUCCUUUGAAUAGGAUCGAAAGGAAUACCACUGAAAAUGCCAAAAGUGAAUUGGUGAAACCUCUUGUGCUCAAUACUAAAUUUCAUUUGCAAAACACAGAAGUUUUCCUAUCUUUGUGGUGGAACACAACAAAUUCUCAUAAUUUUGCUAGUUUGUAUUCUAGAAAGGGUGCCAGAAAUGGAAGAGUAUAAUUUUUAUUAAAUCGGGCAUUACAUGUAAGUACGUUGGAGUACAGAAAGGGUGCAACUGGCCUUUCCCACUGUAGCCUGAUGUGCUCCAACAUGCAUUUGUACUGAUGUGCAGGUGGUUAUAACACUAGUAUCAAACUGCAUGGUACCCACUUACUAAUGUGACCUACCCUUGCAUGAUCUGCUGCAGACAGCAAGAUAUCCACUACUGCUCUUACUACCUGUCCAACAGUUGUGGAGGAUUUUUUACCCUUGGUGCUUGCCAUGACAUGUUUUGCCCUCUGCCCUUAAAAUCUCAAUUCUUGUUACAUUUUUCAUCCAUUUUCUAUCUCCUGAUGGACCUGUAUUGAUUAAAAAACUAAUCAAUGCAGAGGUGAUUGUAGAACUUUUGCUAGUGGCAGUGUGGAGGGGCUCCACUCUUUAAAAAAUGAAAUUACAUUGUGGGACAUGGAAUUAUUAUUAGAGGCUUUCAUGGACAUUUUGUUUACUGAAAAAGUCAGUCAUUAUGCGAGGUAUUUAAAUGUUAACUUCAAAUCUAAAAGUGCAUCAAAAGAUAAAUUUCAGUAAGUCUUUAGCAAGUUUCAGUAUCUUGCUUCACAUGCUGGAACCUCCAACUAUAAAAAAGUGUUUUGCAGAGAACAGCUAUUCAGAUGUUAACAUCCCAGAAUUUGUGUAAAAGAUAUCCCUUACAUUGUUAGUUUCACUGUGGUCACACUCUAGUGUAGUUUUAUCAGCAUACAUAUAGAAGUUUGAAGAACAUAUUAAAUUAAUUGCUAGACAUGCCUUAAGUGAAUAUGUUUACUACUAAUGUGAGUCAGCUAAGUAGUUGCUGCAAGUUUUUAUGUUGUUUCUAAAGUGUCUUUAGACAAGGAUAUUUCUGCUGUUUGUUUCCUGCUCUUCUGUUUCAGAUAACUUCUCAUAUAUGCAGCAACUGCUGAAGCAGCCUCUGGCAGUUUAUUGAAGUUCCGUGAACAAAGUGUUGUGUGGUCUGUUUGUGUAAAGUGAUAAAGAAAAAUGUUAAAGUGUAAUUGGAUAUAUAUUUAAUCAUUAUUUUUGCUAGUGGUAAGAUCUAUUUUCAUGUAAAUCAGAACAUUGUACAAUAGGUAACAACUGAAUGAGGCAGUGUAGCUAUUAACAGCACUGACCUCAUAUUCAGGAGGAUGGGGUUCGCUCUGUCUGGCCAUCCUGAUUCGGGUUUUCCUGGAUCGCUAAGGCAAAUGCCAGGAUGGUUCCUUCAUCAAGGCCACGGCUGACCACCUGUCCCAACCUUAAAGAGAUCCUUUAAACAUUGUGUGUAUACCCAAAUUUUGAAUUAUUGAUGUUUGUUGUAUUAUGUUGAGAUAUUCUUGGAUGAAAUAAAAAAGUUCAUACAUUUGUA